GGCAACCUGCUGAUGGAGAUGGAAAAGGAACGGGUUUACACCCGUUUGGACGAUCAAGGCAAUCCACGCACAGGCUACAAGUCCGGCUUUGGUGACAUCCCAGAUCUCCUCUACACCAAUCAGUCCCUGAUUGAUGCGGAGUUUCGCGAUGAGGACUUUAUCACCUUCCGGAAGCCGACUCCUAAGGACAAGCGCGCUAAGAAGCCUUCUCCGACAAACAUGAGCGAUGAAGACUAUGCCACAGCCAUGGAGGACCACCGCUUUUACCUUCACGAGCUCGAUGUUUACCGGGAGUUUGAGUACAUUCGCAAGGAUUUUCAGUUCAUUGUGAGUUGUUUCUCUGAGUUGUAUGGCGAUGAGCUGUUCAACUAUCUUCGCGUCAACCAGGACAACCACGAGCUGAGAAAGCGUUUUGUUCUCGCCCUCGAUAAUGGCGAUUGUGUCUUUGACUGCAGCCUACGCGAGCCCUUCAACUCCAGACUCAUCAUUGAGAAGAUCAAGAAAAGAUGGAGUGAGUUGGAGGUGAGUGCCCGGAACUUUGCUUCUCACUUUGCAAGGAAGGCGUUUAACGACUUGGCCGAGUACGACUUCGUCAAAGCCAAGCACGCCGACCGCCUCCAGGACCUGCUUGACAGGCCCUAUGAGGACAUCCUCGCGGAAGAGAUCAUCGACUCCUUGCCUUCACGCACCGUUGUGGAGGAGAUGGAG